AUGUCGACUCGGCCGAUCUUCCUCCUCUCAUCGCGAAAUGCUCCCUCGCAACGUGCCCAUUUUGGCAUAUUUGUUCCGCUCGCAGUGGACCCUCAUAGAGGCACGCUGAUCAACGUGGUUGGGGCCCCGAUGAUGGGAUACGGAUUGAUUUUCCAGAGAAACUAUAUGCCGGCGACCACUGGUCAUGAUGAGUUGGUUCCAAUUGGAAGCGUUGCAUGCGAUCACAUCGUGGACACGUCUGCCUCGGGAACGGCAUCCGAAGACUCCACGCCCCGAGGAACACUGGAGAUCUUGGCUGCUCAAGUGCCGCCUCCCCGAAUCAGUGAGAAUUUUAUGGCUCCCGUAAACGAUACCACCAAUAAACGAUGCCAAGAAUGGACAAUGGAAUAUCUCCGUCAUCUGGUCAAGAAAGGCAUCAUCGGCGCUGGUGCAAUUGAGGUCGUACAGUCGAAGCGAGACUCGCCAACCCAUGGGAUCGGAUUGCAAUCGGUGUUGAAUCGGGUGGAGUUGUAG